AUGACUGUCAGAGACUCCAAGGAUGAGAAGAUCAGGAAUGCUGGGAUUGAGACUCAGACAGGACGAAAGUGGUCAGCAAGCAGCGCGGUUCAGGAAGCAGAAAGUAGAUUGAGGCACGGCGACAUUGUUGGGACCUCCUGUAUUGGAAGACAGGGGCUUGGGACAACACAAGUGCAAAGGUGGGGAACAGCAGACACAGUUAGUAGGAGGAAGAUGGUCCAAGACAACAUCAGGAAAAUGGAAGAAGAGAUCCGGAAGGCAAAGAUGGUGGAAAUGGGAGCACAGGGUGCAUCGACCAGAUGGGAGACAACUGAAAGGCGUCUUACAUGGUCAGACAUCUGGAAGUUGGAACCAUGUAGAAUCCAGUUCCUCAUGCGUUCAGUGUAUGACGUUCUACCAACGCCUACCAACUUGCAUCGAUGGGGAAUGACAGAAAACCCCGACUGUUCGUUAUGUGAUCGUCCGGGUAACCUGGCCCAUGAACUGUCAUCGUGCAACACUGCUUUGACCCAGGGGAGAUAUACAUGGAGGCACAACAAGGUUCUGCGGGAGCUAGCAGACACGUUGGAGAAAGAAAGGCAGAAAAAGAGGAGAUGUAUGAAACAACAACCCUACAUCAACUUUGUAAGAUCUGGAGAAACAGGCAGCAAAACAACAGCACACCAGAGAGGGAUACUGGACGGAGCUCAGAACUGGGAGAUGCGGGUUGACUUGGGACAAAGACGGGCUUUUCCAGAGGUCGUCCAAACCAACCUUCGUCCAGAUAUUCUACUCUGGUCACAGCAAGGGAAGAGAAUGAUAAUGAUUGAGCUUAUUGUCCCCUGGGAGGAGCGUUGUCAAGAGGCAUACGAACAGAAAAGAGAAAAGUACGCCAACCUUGCUGAUGACGUGAGAGCAAAAGGAUGGUGUGUGUGGGUCAUGCCAGUAGAGAUGGGGUGUAGAGGAUUCCCUGCACAGUCCAUGUGGAGGAUGUUUGCUGCUGUAGGCAUCCAGGGGAAAGACCGAAGGGCAGCUGUACAACAACUGGCAACAACAGCAGAGAAGUCGUCCAGCUGGCUUUGGUGGAGAAGGGAGGACAAGAGCUGGAAGCCAUCCAUCGACUGGCAGUGA